AUGUGUUCAUCAGUUUCAAAGGAUCAAGUCGGUACUGUUUCAGAUUGGUUAUCACGUGUUAUCUUCUGCGUAUAUAGAGAAAACAAUCCACUUACGUCUCGAGGUAUAACUUAUGAAGUUCCAAAUGCAGAUUAUGAAAAUGAUGCCCUCAAUAAUACAAUAGCAAGUUUAAUAACAAGUUCGUCAACCUCUUAUAAUUAUUUAACAGAAAGCGAUGCACUUACUGUCACAGGAGCAAAUAAAACAAAUAGAGGAUAUCUUUUUGGCCAGAAUGUGUUGUUAUCUGAUGGUACCAAUUUCCAAUUUAACUCUACAUCUGAUAAUUUUAAUAUUGGAGUUGAAUUUGGUAUGAAUCUUAACUUUGAAUUUGAUAUAACAAACGGAACUCUUCCAAACUCAUCCAUAGCAAUGCUUUCUAGCGCACAAACUACUUCAUUGCGUAUAGCACCUAAUGUUUCUGAUACAAUUAACAUAGUUGUCGAUAAUUCAAAUAUUGAACAGACAAAAUUCCUCGGUUUAUCACUUUCAAUCUUUUACAAAGUAGUCGGAUACAAAGAAGCUCCCCAAUACAUUCUUUCUUCUGCAACAAUAAAUACAACAACAACAGACUACCCAGAAGGACAACAUGCUGGCAGUAUUAAUGGUACACAUGUUGUUGGCUAUAUUGGCUUCUACGAACUUCCUAACAGCGAAAAUUUGUUGCAACAAUCAGACGAUGCUGAUGAAAACUCAUGGCUUCCAUUUAAUUGGAGAGGUGUCAACCUUAAUUAA